UUUAGUUAUACACGUGCCCGCGCAACGAAUAAACAAGUCGGAAAUGUACGAGUUUCCUAGUUCCGAUUCAAAUUUGAACGCAGCAUUAGUCUAUGCGUGACGCGCACAACUUUUUACUUGAGGUUUUCUCGAAAUGCACAGGGACGACCAUACUUCAGUGGUGACGACCUUAUUUUGAACAAACCGACAACCCGAUAUAGUAUUGUCAUGGAGGGAACACCCGUGGAGGUUCUUGGCGUCCCCGAUGAUAUCCUUGCCUCUGUUAGAAUGGUUGACAAGCUCACAAUACACUUCCAACGACCAGGGAACGGGGGAGGAGAGGUGAAGAGAGUACAGUUUCCAUCCUACAGCCCAGGACAGGCCUUUGUCAUAUUUGAGGAUCCAGAAGUGGCUGCACGUGUUUUGCAGCAGACCCAUGUCUUAGAAGUGGAUGGACAACACUUUCCUCUUAAAAUCAGGAAAGCUAAUAGGCCUGAGGUGGACAUGCCAGUCAAGGCCAAUCUGGAUGUGAGCAUGUUCUCCAAGGACAGCGAGGAGGUGAUCCAGCCUGUGAACGAGAUUCCCCAUGGUCAGCUACCCAUUCAGGGCUCCAUCCAGAAGUUCAGUGCAGUGGAGGCCCAACUGCAGCAUGUCUUACCCCAGGACACUAACACCCUGCGCCACAGAAGCCCUUCGCCAUCCAGUCUCAAUAGCAAUGCCUCUGGGGCCAUUUCCAAAUCCUCAAUCCGCUGCAACCCAUUUCCCAGCCCACAAGCAACAGGGUAUGUUGAGGACAACUUGACCCAUAUGAGGAACCUAUCCCCCAAGCCAGUGGAACCCAUCUCCCAGACCCCAUCUUGCAGUGAGGUCUUCUUCAUAACGGACGCAGAUGUGCUCCGUUAUGCCCUGUGCGUCAGGAAAAAGGACAUUGAUUCCAUUCUUGGAGGUCACACAACUCAAAUGGAUGUUAAGCCAGCUGAAGGUUCCGACCUCCGCUAUGUUUUCCUUGAAGGGAAGAAUCCAGAGAGGGUUAUGGAAAAGCUGCAAGUUUUUCUCACCAAGCUUCAUUUAAGACUACGAACUCAAGAAAUCCCACUAUGGACACUCGAUCGCGACCGACAGGUUAGAAUUCACCAACUGGUUCAGAAGUAUAAUAUAAUUUAUCCUACUGUCCUCGUCAAUCAGGUUGGAGAUCUCCUCCGCCUUGUAGGACCUUCCAAGGAAAGUUAUGAGAUGAAGCAGAGGCUCCUGGGAAAACCCAUAGACCUGCUACCAGCUGGGCUAACAGGGAGGGUACUGGACAGGAGUACCCAUGGUGCUCCCAUCCCAUGGCCUCCUGGCCCAGUACCUGACCCUGUGUCUGCACCUGCACCAGAUUACUAGUAAAUUAACUUCAUUUUGCAGUAGCUUGGUGGUAGUGGAACUAAAUUCAAAUCUAGAUAGUGUUUGCAGGAGUUCAUUACUUUUUGUCAUGUAGCAGUGUAGCUAACUACUGGAACUACAUACUACGUUUUAGCCAUGUAGCGGUGUAGCCAACUACUGGAACUACACACUACUGUUUUACCAUGUAGUGGU